CAAUUACACAAAGGAAGAAGAACAGUGUUUUGUUUCUGGCGGAAACAGCAGCAUCAGGGUGUGUUUCGUUUCUUUCAUUAAAGUUUCACAACAACCUAAAUGUGUUUCUAAGACCUGGUCCGAGAUGUACUACUACCGAUAUGAGAACGCAGAGGUCAGCUGCUGUUAUAAAUAUCUGAUGUUCAGCUACAACAUCAUCUUCUGGCUGGCUGGAGUCGCCUUUAUUGCAGCUGGUUUCUGGGCAUGGAGUGAAAAGGGAGUCCUCUUGGAUCUCACCCAGGUGACCCGGCUUCAUGGUUUUGACCCGGUCUGGCUGGUCCUGGCAGUCGGUGGAAUCACCUUCAUCCUGGGCUUUGCUGGCUGUGUGGGAGCUCUGAGAGAAAACAUCUGUCUGCUCAAGUUUUUUUCAGGAGUGAUCGGCUUCAUUUUCGUCCUGGAGCUGACCGCUGCCAUCCUGGCGGUGGUUUUCCAGAGUCAGCUAAAAGAAUGGAUCAACGACUUCUUCCUGGCAAAUAUCAGAGCAUACAGAGACGACAUCGACCUGCAGAACCUCAUUGACUCUCUGCAGAGGAUGAACCACUGCUGUGGAGCUCAGAAGCCGGACGACUGGGACCUGAAUGUGUAUUUCAGCUGUAAUGACACUCAUCGCAGCAGAGAGAAGUGUGGAGUUCCUUUUUCCUGCUGCGUCACCGACCCUGCUGACUCGGUGGUGAACACUCAAUGUGGCUAUGAUGUCAGAGGCAAAAACACGAACGAGUGGAGUGAUCAUAUCUACGUUAAAGGCUGCAUCAUGGCGUUAGAGGACUGGCUACCUGGAAAUCUCUACACAGUUGCGAUCGUCUUCACCGUCAUCUCUCUGCUGCAGAUGGUGGGGAUCUACCUGGCCAGGACCCUGAUCUCUGACAUCUUAAAGGUCAAAUUCAGCUACUGAAGUACCGCCUGCAGAGGACGAGCCUUAAACAUGCCUCCAGCAGACGUUCCUGGACCAAGCUUCCCGAGUCAGAUGUGCCUUCACUUCCUUUUCUUCUUAUCCUUUCUCUUCAGCAGCUCUGCCGUAUCAUCUCUCAGUUUGUGUCAUCAGAGCAGUCGUCCUCUGAUGAUGACCGUGUCGCUGUAGUUACUGAACAGACGUUAGAGCAUCAGCAGUCCCGAGGGAGAGCACGUGGUGUUCUCCUCUCCUCCUGGACAAUCUGUUGAUGCUACAGAGCGUCGUCUUUGUUUCCUCUGUGAGAGUCUCGUCGUGUCACAGACAUGAAGCUGCUCAACACCAGACUGCCUUUACUUCUUCUGCAGUUUAAAGAUGAACUCAAACUCUCAGUCCUCUCUGUGAAUGUUUAUUGAACUUUGACCUUUGGCCUGAUCAGUCGUUUACCACUCAGUGCCUACACAUCUUCAUCAACUUCAUAAUUCUCUUCAGGUUGCUCUCAGGUCCUCUCUUGUGACUAUCUGGCCAUAAGGAGUAUUGAUACUUCUUUCCUUGAUGUAUCUGAUAAAGUCUUUAUAAAUGUAUUUUUUAUUAAGAACUGUGAAAUAAAACAGAACGUGAGCGCGGUGAAGAAGAGGAGUUUGAUUACCCAAAUAUUUCCUGAUUGAUUGGUUGUUAGUGUUUUCCUUCGUCGUCUGUGUGUUUCAGAAAUUUAAACCGGGACACUAACUCUUUAUGGUUCUUAAUCCAGCUGGACCAAUGGGAGAGAGAUGAGCCUGUGAUGUCAUCCACAGUAGGUGAAGUUUACAGAGAUCUCACUGCUUUAUGUUUACGUCUGUGUCAUUGAUCAUCGAGAUCUGUGACAAGAGACAAUAAUAUCCAAACAUUUUUAGUUUAUUUUAAAAUCUGACUCAAAUACUUUUUUGAUUUCUUGAUGGUCCAAUCUGUGCAUGUCUUAAACUCUUAUUGAUCUUGUUAUUGAUAAGGUGUGAUCUCAUGCAGCUUUAAUUUUAAGUUUGUUUUUACAAUCUCUGAAUGAGACUUCACAGUGAAUCAGAAACCACACACAGGAGGAAACAGACUUCAUGUUGAUCGUUUUAUUUAAAGGGCAGACUCUUCUUUAACAUCUCAGGUCACAUGAUCACCUGUGUGAUUGAUUAGAGUCUGAGCUGUAUGACACUGGAUUCAUAUUUCAUGAAAUGUUUGGAAUGAGUGAAGAUGUUUAGGUGAUAAAGCCGAUAAGAAAACAAACUUUUUGUCCCUUUUCCUACUUCAGCAGUUUUUCAUUUCUUUCUGUUCAUGAUUUCAUGUGUUUGUGAUUUCAUGUGUUUGUGAUUUCAUGUGUUUGUGUUUCGCUGGGAGUGUAAACCAGAAGACUUUUAUUCCAAAGGGAUUCUUUGUUUUUGAAUUUUUUAUUCUUCUUGUAUUCAACAAAAUAAAAAAUAAGUUUGGUUUGA